AAGGUUUUCCCGUCUCUUACUCUCUUUCAUGUUUCAAGGGUUUUAGCCUCUUCUCUCCCUCUCAUGGCCAUGCCCUGCUCUGUAUCUCUUGCAGACCCAACAACAGUCCCAGUCUCAGUAAGACCGCAAUAGUAUUAGAAUCCCCUCCAAGGCCGGGAUAUUUACUGGGUUGCCACCAGAAACCCACAAAACGGCUCCUUUUGUAAGCAACAGUAGGAACAAGCUGGGCAGGAUUGUUGAACUGAUGGCUACGGGGGUCUCCUCCACACAUACUAGCCCCUUUAGACCGUUUUGCUCUCCUUAUUCUCGGGUAUACCGUUCUUGUUGUCCCUGCUCUGUCCCUUUGACUUCCCGUUCCACUAGAAUCCUUCACAGGCAUGAAGACCAAAAAACCUCCUAUAAUACCUUCUCCAAUAUUAAUAUGUAUAAUAGUUCCAUUGGAUUUCAACAUUAUUCUGGGAAGACAUCUAUUGAUAAGAAAACAUGCAACUGGAAACUUGAGAUUGGUCCUUGUGCAUCAAAAGCUAGUAUGCUCCAACUCUACCUAGAUCAGAAUUGCUCUGGUCGAAAACAUUUUACAAGGACGAUUAUUAAUCAAGAGAGAAUGGGUGUAAAAAGUGGAAAACUUCCCAGAAACUCUAGGAGAGCACCAGCAGUGGAGUUCAUAAAAAAUUAUCCUUGUGGACGCAAGGUAUUCAGCACUGCUACUCAUGGUAGUGAAUAUUUGCAUGGCAGUGCAGUUUCAUGGACAAAAGAAAGAGAAAACUUGGCGAAACAGAAAAAGGAACAGACUUUCGUAGGUGAGAUGAAAUUUCAACACGAUGGCAAUCAGCAUGCUUACCCCUCGAAAGUCAAAUGCACCCUCAAAACUGAACCAUUUUACCAAAGUCAGCUUACUGAGAAACAAGCAUGUUCUGAAAUUGUUGGGAGGCAGCACAGUGCUAUUAAGAAUUAUGCUGCACCUGUACAAAUACAGCCUAGCCAAGGGGCAGAAUAUUUGGAAAAUAUUGGAUGGCAUGUCAAUACUAAGAAUUAUGAUGCAUCUGCUUUAUCUGGUACUGAAUCAAAGGGGACGGCUACAGGCCGUAGACCUUUAUAUAAUGUGAAUGAUCAGUGUGCUGAUGGUCCAUGUAAAACAGAUAUGCCAUUUAUCAAUGGGCAGGGAGAAGGUGCCCGCGCUCGUGGUUCAUUUAGGGCGGAGUCCAUUGUAAAAGGGGAAAAAUUUGAACAGAUCGGAGAUGAAGUUGCUGAUUUAAAGAAAUGUCAAUUGGAUGGUGAACAAACCACUAAUGUUACUGAUAAUCACAUAAAGUCCUCUGAUAAAGAUGAAGCGUCUGUGAUCCAGGCAGAUCUUCAGAAGAGGCUUACUAGCAUUUAUCGUGACAUACUUGUUGUUGAUAAUAUCUCUAAAGCAAAGGAAGUUGUUGGUAUGCUUACAAGUCGGUAUAGACAUCUUGUCCAUGCAUGUGAUACGGAGGUGGCGAAGAUUGAUGUCAAACAAGAAACACCAGUUGAUCAUGGAGAGGUGACAUGCUUCAGCAUUUAUUCUGGGCCAGAAGCAGAUUUUGGAAACGGGAAAUCUUGUGUCUGGGUUGAUGUUCUCGAUGGUGGUGGAAGGGCCCUUUUCCUUGAGUUUGCUCCAUUUUUUGAAGAUCCAUCCAUCAAGAAGGUUUGGCACAAUUAUAGCUUUGAUAACCAUGUUAUUGAGAACUAUGGCCUGAAGCUUUCUGGUUUUCAUGCCGACACAAUGCACAUGGCACGUUUAUGGGAUUCGUCUAGACGAACAGAAGGUGGGUAUUCUCUAGAGGCACUCACUGGUGACAAAAGGGUCAUGUCUUCAGCUGGUGACAAAAAGACUAGUAGGUUUGCGGCUGGGAACCAAAGGACUGUCUCUGAGGCUAAUAGUCAAAAUAUUAUGCCUGAGGCUGGAUCAUUUCAUGAAGAUUUGCUAGGCAAAAUAUCAAUGAAAACCAUUUUUGGCCGGAGAAAGAUCAAAAAGGAUGGUUCAGAAGGUAAAAUGAUAACCAUUGCUUCUGUUGAAGAGCUGCAAAGAGAAGAACGGGAACUUUGGAUAUGUUAUUCUGCCUUGGAUGCAAAAAGCACGCUAAAGCUAUAUGAGAGCUUGAAAGCAAAACUAUUAAAUAUGUGCUGGAAACUUGAUGGGGAACCAGUUCGUGGAAAAAAUAUGUUUGACUUUUAUCUUGAAUAUUGGCAACCAUUUGGUGGGCUCUUAGUUGAAAUGGAAACUGCGGGAAUGCUGGUUGAUCGCGCAUAUCUUGCUCAUAUUGAGAAAGUGGCCAAAACAGAGCAAGAGGUUGCUGUUAGUAGAUUUCGCGAAUGGGCUUCAAGGUAUUGCCCUGAUGCUAAGUAUAUGAAUGUGGGAAGUGAUGCACAAUUGCGCCAGUUACUUUUUGGUGGCAGAAAAAACAGUAUUACCGACGAUGUACUUCCAGUGGUGAAAGAAUUCAAGGUUCCCAAUGUUGAUAAAGUAGUUGAAGAAGGCAAGAAAGCUCCUAAAAAGUACCAAACUAUUAAGCUGCGAAGAAUUGUGAGCGAGCUACCAACUGAUAUUUACACACCCAGUGGCUGGCCCUCAGUCAGUGGAGUUGCUUUAAAGACAUUAGCUGGGAAGCUUACAGCUGAAGGUGAUUUUAUGGAUGACAAUUUGCUGUUAGAAGAUGAAAUAAUUGAAACCUUGGAAGGUGAGGAGUCAUGUGGCUCUACUGAUGUAAAUGAAAACGAUGAUGGAACAGUUUUCAAAGCAUUCGAAUGUGAAAAUGAGACGAGGGAGGCUUGCCUUGCAAUUGCUUCCUUAUGUGAAAUUUGUUCCAUUGACUCGUUGAUAUCCAACUUCAUCCUUCCUUUGCAGGGAAGUAAUGUUUCAGGCGAGAGUGGGCGUGUUCAUUGUUCUCUAAAUAUCAACACAGAAACAGGGCGCUUAUCGGCUCGGAGGCCUAAUUUGCAGAAUCAACCUGCUCUGGAGAAGGAUCGGUAUAAAAUUCGUCAAGCAUUCAUAGCUGCACCUGGAAAUUCACUCAUUGUUGCUGAUUAUGGACAACUGGAACUUAGGAUUCUCGCCCAUCUGGCUAACUGUAAGAGCAUGCUGCUCGCAUUUGAAGCUGGAGGGGAUUUCCACUCAAGGACGGCAAUGAAUAUGUAUUCAAAUAUCCGUGAAGCUGUGGAGAAAAGGGAAGUUCUUCUUGAGUGGUAUCCACAACCUGGUGAAGACAGACCCCCAGUUCCAUUGUUAAAGGAUGCCUUUGCUUCUGAAAGAAGAAAAGCUAAAAUGCUCAACUUUUCUAUUGCAUAUGGAAAAACUCCAGUUGGCCUGUCCCGGGAUUGGAAGGUGUCUGUGAAUGAAGCAAAAAAAACUGUUGCUCUCUGGUAUGGAGAAAGACAAGAAGUGCUUGAAUGGCAAGAGGCUCGUAAAAAAGAAGCCCUUGAAGAUAGACGUGUUCACACUUUGUUAGGCAGGGCUCGCAACUUCCCAUCGGUUAGUCGCGGAAAUCGUUCUCUAAGGGGUCAUAUUGAACGUGCUGCAAUUAAUGCCCCAGUGCAGGGUAGUGCUGCUGAUGUUGCCAUGUGUGCAAUGUUAGAAAUAUCGAAGAAUAUACGUCUAAAGGAGCUCGGGUGGAGGCUGCUUUUACAGGUUCAUGAUGAAGUGAUUUUGGAAGGGCCAACCGAGACAGCUGAAGUUGCCAAGGAAAUAGUUGUCGAGUGCAUGUCCAAGCCCUUUAAUGGCAAGAAUAUCCUCAGAGUGGGCCUGUCAGUGGAUGCUAAAUGUGCUCAAAACUGGUAUGCCGCAAAAUAGACGGUGAGCCUGACUGGGCAACGGUUUUCAGUGCCAAGUCUUUUGUCAUGGACGGUUGAUUACCAGCACCAUCUGCAUUUAGUCAUUUACAGCGUUGAGUGAUCGCUUCCAGUAACAAAAAGAUUUUUCUACAACGGUCACAUAUGGCUGGGUGUUGUGCGGUUUUCUUGGACCUCAUAAGUAGUGAGUUACUGCUUCUUCGAAGCAAAUGGACGUAGAGGGGGGUAACAUGUUGCUUCCACAGCAUUUUGUUUCUAGUAUCUUGAAGAAGGGAAUGCGAGAUCUGUGCCCUGUAUAUUCGGAAUAACCCGAGUCUAAUAUCUAAUAUCUAUGCUCAUUUGUGUACCAUGUCCAGUGUUAUUUAGUUCUUCUGCUGUAUCUUUUAAACAGGAAAUGAUUAUUCAUCUGCUGUUGUGGCUUUUGUUCAGUGAUUAUUCAUCUGCUGUUGUGGGUUUUUAAAAAAAUUCUUGGUGCAGUUUUCCA